CGGCCCCCGUUGCAAUCCGCGUUUGGUUCCUGUAAGGGAAACGGUAAAAAGCAGAGCGUGGGCGCGAUGAGUGACAUACGCCAUUCUCUCCUGCGGCGCGAUGCCCUGAGUGCAGCCAAGGAGGUGCUCUACCACCUAGAUAUCUAUUUUAGCAGCCAGCUGCAGAGUGCCCCCGUGCCAAUGGUGGAGAAGGGGCCCAUCGAGUUACUCGAAGAGUUUAUCUUCCAAGUUCCCAAGGAUCGAGGAUCCCACAACAAGCGUCUCACUGCCAUGCAAGAAUUGCAGCUGCUGGAGAUUCUUUGCAACUACUUCCAAGACCAAACCAAGGAGGCGGUACGCCAGGUCAUCUUCUCCUCGCUGUUCAGCCCGCAGGGUAACAAAGCGGACGAGCAGCGUAUGGCUCUCCUGGGGAAGCUGACUUCCAUGGCCGUGGCAGUAUGCAGGGUGCCAGUGCUGGAAUGUGCUGCCUCGUGGCUCCAGCGCACCCCUGCCGUGUAUUGCGUACGCCUGGCCAAGGCUCUGGUGGGCGACUACUGUGGUCUAGUUCCAGGCUCCAUCCAGACCCUUAAGCAGAUCUUUAACGUCAGCCCGCGCUUCUGUUGCCAGUUCAUCACGGCAGUUGCCGCCCUGUAUGAUAUGUCCACAGAGGAGCUCAUCCCCCCUCACGACCUCCUGGAAAUGAUUGUAUCUUGGAUUUUCGAGGACCCUCGUCUCAUUCUGAUCACUUUCCUCAACACCCCUAUUUCGGCCAACCUGCCUAUCGGAUUCUUGGAAUUCUCCCCCUUGAUGGGUUUGGUGCGGUGGUGUGUGAUAGCCCCUCUGGCCUACAGACGCAAAAAAAAGGCGGCGGGUGGUGGGCCUAUUGUGGAAGACCAGAACCUUUACUCCAAGUUACAUUUGAGUGUGCUGCAAGGCCUCAUGGUCCUUCAGACGCACCUGACGGAGAAGAGUCUGUAUGGGCGCUUAGCGCUUAUCCUGUUUGAGCAGCUUGUGCCUCUGGUGGAGGAGCUGGGGCAACUCUGCGAGGAGCUUAACCCACUGAACGCGGAGCAAGAGAUGGAACUGGCGUUGGAUCGGCUGGCACAAGCGUUACAAGUCUCCGUGGCGACAGGAGCGCUACUUUGCACCCGGGAUGACCUGAGAACCCUCUGCGCAAGACUUCCCCAUAACAACUUAAUGCAGUUGGUGGUGUCCGGUCCAGUGCAGCCGCAGCCUGCUCAUCCGACUCGGACUCCUACCUACUACCCUCACAUUCAUACACCACCUCUGGGUUACCCCACGCUCCCCGCCCAUGCAGCAUUACCAGCACACACCGCAUUGCCCGCUCAUGCUGCUCUCCCCGCACACACGGCCCUUCCUGCUCAUACUACUCUACCCGCUCAUGCAGCGUUGCCCGCUCACACAGCACUCCCUGCGCUCCCCACCCACGCAGCCCUGCCAGCACACCCCGCACUACCAGGGCAUCCUGUGCAGACAUUCAUGCCCGGCAUGACCUUUCCUUUUCGACCAAUGCGUUGAUUACCUCUGCACUAUUCCGGAGACGGACUCACAGAGCACAGGCCCGCGUGGCGAUGCUUCAGGGAUGAGGCAACCUUUUAGAUGUUCCAGGACGAUAGCAUCACACACAGAGGACCUCCCGGCUGCCUGGUGACAUCAGGCCGGGGACAGACGUGAUACCGCUGCAUAGCUCACAUCCUCACUGUAUGGACUGUAAUGGCAGGGCCAAUAUUCUUAUUUUUGUAUACAAGGGGAAAAGGAGGAGAGUAGUGGUAGCUCUCCUUCCAGGGCAUGCUGAGAGUUGUAGUUUUACAACUGCUGUGGAGCCACAGGUUGCUAAUCAGUUUCUCAAAGAAGCAUUUGUUCCAUCAGCUAUUUCAUCAGCCACGUCUUUACACAGACACCGCCAGAAUAUAACGUUAGUCUGCUUUCACACACAGGCUUUUGCUGGUGUUUUUCUGGCUUUUUUUUGUUUUGUUUUUUGCUGUAAAAACACAAGUUCCAGAUAGUGGCUGAAGGCCUAU